AUGUCCCAGCUUUAUUCCUUCAAGGCUGUAGAAGAUUCCUUUCAGCAACCAAAUAAUAAUGCUUCAGACGACUUCAUGUCCCAGCUUUAUUCCUUCAAGGCUGUAGAAGAUUCCUUUCCAGCAACCAAAUGGUACUUCAGAGACGACUUUCCCAGCUUUAUUCCUUCAAAGGCUGUAGAAGAUUCCUUCAGCAACCAAAUAAUAAUGCUUCAGAGACGACUUCAUGUCCCAGCUUUAUUCCUUCAAGGCUGUAGAAGAUUCUUUCAGCAACCAAAUAAUAAUGCUUCAGAGACGACUUCAUGUCCCAGCUUUUAUUCCUUCAAAGGCUGUAGAAGAUUCUUUCAGCAACCAAAUGGUAAUGCUUCAGAGACGACUUCAUCCCAGCUUUAUUCCUUCAAGGCUGUAGAAGAUUCCUUUCAGCAACCAAAUAAUAAUGCUUCAGAGACGACUUCAUGUCCCAGCUUUAUUCCUUCAAGGCUGUAG